GAUCUGUUAUAUACAUCAUCCCAUAAACAGAACAGCACAUACCACAGCCUUUUAUAUAGCAAUCAUGGUGCACUGGCUGGCAUGAGAAAUAGCCCAAUGGGUCCACUGACAGGAAUCAAUUCCAGACAGACCUUGCAUCAGACUGAGUGAGUGAAAUUGUAGACUUUGAGAACCUCAGUUUUGUCACUGAUUAAUCAAUGGAGUGACACACAUCAUAAAAAAAUAGAUUGAAUUUUGGACAGCACAAUGAAUCAACUUUGCCAGGUACCCCGAAGGAGUUGGCAGUGUCUUAACCCAGUUGUGUUUAGAAGUGCCACAGAGCAGGCUACUUGUGGUGACAGCAUGGCACAUUCUGCUUGUAGAAGAUGUUGUAUUCUUCGAAAUUUGUCAUCUGCUUCACACCCUCCCUGUGCCUUUUCUGGACACCAACGUAACUUAAAGAUCUUUUCAUUGCCGAAGACGAACAAUCUUGUCCGGGAAUUCAGAGCAUUUUCAACUCUCUUGAGGAGAUCGGGAUUCCGCAGCCAAGACGACCUGGCUAAACUCUUUGGUUUUCGUCAGGUGCGAUUAUUUAGCACCAGUGAUUGUCGCUAUAACAAUGAAGAAGACAAGAGCCAGGAGGACAAAGAAAAGGAGCCUGUGAAUCCAAGAUCAAUAUUUUUUGGGUUGCUGUUUAUGAUUGUGUGUGGAUACCUGCUGUAUGCAGAUGCCCCUCUGAAAACAGAUGAUCAGUCCGGGCUCUACAGAUUCAUAUCCUGGAAUGAAUUCUAUUAUGAAUUACUGGCCAAAGGGGAGGUUGAUCAAAUUACAGUCCGUCCUGAAAUAGAAAUGGCCAUAAUUCAUCUUCACGAGGAUGCUGUUAUUAGAGGAAAGAGGGCUGAAUUUUCCUACUACACGAUGAAAAUUCCUGAUCCUUAUCGUUUUGAGGAAAAGCUUCGAAAAGCUGAAGCAGAUCUCCAUAUAAAACCUGAGGAUGGAGUCCCUCUCAUAUACCACAGACAAAACAACUGGGGUGGUGUCAUAGCUUUGGCCCUUUUUGGACUUGCUAUCUAUUUCCUGAUCAAGAGUGCCCCUAAAGGAUCGCUUGGAGUUUCUUCAGACAUGUUUGCGAGUGAAAGGAAGGCGAAGUUUGUCCGUGUGGACAUCAUGUCCCUACAAGGCAAGGGAAUCAGCUUUAAGGAGGUGGCUGGACUCAAGGAGGCAAAGAUAGAGAUCAUGGAGUUUGUCGACUAUCUCAAGACUCCUCAGAGGUUUCAGGAACUUGGUGCAAAAAUUCCUCAUGGUGCACUGUUGCUAGGUCCACCAGGGUGUGGCAAGACUCUGCUUGCCAGGGCUGUUGCUACGGAGGCUCGUGUUCCCUUUUUAGCCAUGGCCGGGUCAGAGUUUGUUGAAAUGCUUGGAGGCCUGGGAGCAGCAAGAGUGCGAGAUUUGUUCAAGGAGGCUAAGAAAAGAGCUCCCUGCAUUGUUUAUGUUGAUGAGAUUGAUGCCAUUGGUCGAAGGAGAAGUGGAGGUGGUGCAGGAUCCAAUGCUGAGGAGGAACAUACCCUGAACCAGCUGCUGGUGGAAAUGGAUGGCAUGGGAACGAUGGACGGAGUCAUCAUGUUGGCAUCCACCAAUCGGGCAGACGUCUUGGAUAAGGCUCUUCUUCGUCCUGGUCGAUUUGACCGUCACAUCAUGAUUGACUUGCCGACACUGAUCGAGCGGCGUGAAACAUUUGAGAUGUACCUCAAGAAGCUUAAGUUGGAGAAGGAUCCGUGGGUGUACGUACCGAAGUUAGCUCAGCUCACGCCAGGAAUGAGUGGUGCUGACAUUGCCAACAUAUGUAAUGAAGCUGCCAUUCAUGCUGCUCGAUUUCAGAAGAAAUUUAUCACUGGAGCUGACUUCGACUACGCGGUAGAGAGAGUUGUCGCAGGUGUGGAGAAGAAGACGCGACUGUUGUCACCUGCCGAAAAGAAGAUUGUUGCGUACCACGAGUCGGGACAUGCGUUGGUUGGCUGGUUGUUGAAGUACACAGACGCCUUGCUCAGGAUCUCCAUUGUACCACGGACAAACAGUGCACUCGGGUUUUCCCAGUACAUGCCUUCGGACCAGAAAUUGUACUCAACCGAAGAGCUCUUUGAGAGAAUGUGUAUGGCGCUCGGUGGCCGGGUAGCAGAGGCUGUCGUGUUCAACAAAGUCACCACAGGUGCUCAAGACGACCUUGAGAAGGUCACCAAGAUGGCGCUGGAUCAGGUGCGAUCGUACGGGAUGAACGAGAAGGUUGGACACUUAUCGUUUCCAGCCAGAUCGUCGGAAACUCUCGGCACUAAACCAUACAGCAAGGUUUUAGCUGCUACCAUUGAUGAGGAGGCAAGGCGAUUGGUGGGCAAAGCUUAUAGGUGCACAGAAAAGAUUCUAAAAGACAACAAAGAUAAGUUAGAUAAACUUGCGUUAUCACUGCUCAGUAAUGAAGUCCUAACGUACGACGAUGUACAGAAGCUGAUCGGUCCACCACCACAUGGAAAGAAGAAAACAAUGGAGCCACAUGGAUGGGAGGGAAUUAUGCCAUCCACCAAUGAUAAAUCAUGACACUGUUGGCUAAGAAGAUGUGCAGUAAAGAGAAUGCUAUCUAAAUAAUGUCUGAUGAUUGGUUGCAAUGAAACCAGUGACUUUUUGAAAAAAAUGUGAAUUAAGUUUACCCUUCAGUGUAUUGGUUAUUGUCUACUUUCAAUAAACUGUUUAGGUUUUGUUUUUUAUUUUGCUUAACAAGUUGUAUUCUGCAACAUUUUAAUAUCUACUAAUGCAAUACAGUAGUUUACAAUAACUGUCGAACCAAUUUGGUUUUUGGAAAAUCAUGUUGCCAUUUUAUGUGCAUGUUGUAAUUUGAAAAACAUUAAACAAAUGAAGAGGUGUUCCUGGACUAAAUUAUUGUGGGUUCGUUAAAAAUAAGAAGUAAAUAUAAUGUGGUGUUUUGUAUUACAUGCUACUGUAAAUAAAUAACUGUGUCAAACUAUAAA